AUGGGACCCUCCAAGAAGAACCUCAAGGCCACCAAAAAGUUCGAGUCGAAACACUUGCAGGGUGUUCUUGACCGGAGAAAGGUGACUGCCAAGAUCAAGCAGAAGCACCAGAUCAAGGACAAGCUGAAGCAGCGCAAAGCCAAGGAUGCAGAGUUCUACGGCAAGGACGGCAAGCCGCGCGCGCGCGGCGGCCCCAAGGACAGACAGGUCAAUGACAUGAGUGUCGACGACUUUUUCAAGGGCGGCUUCGAGGAUAUCAUCGACGACGACAAGGACGCCAAGGCCAAGCUGGGCAAGAGAAAGCGUGACGAGGCCAAAGGAGAUGCCGAGGGUGACGCAAGCGAAUCAGAUGCUGUUGAAGCGCAGCCCGUUGCCAGCGACAGCGAAGACGGCGCCGACUUUGACGAUGCUGGCAUGAACCAGGACGCUAUGGACGCGCUCGCCGAAAAGGACCCCGAAUUCUACAAGUUCUUAAAAGAAAACGAUCCCGACGCGCUCGACUUUGACGACAACGCUGAUCUGGCCGAGGUGGAUGAGCUGAGCGCGGGUGAGGAGUCCGAAGAGGAGGAGGAACAGCCCAAGAAGAAGCAAAAGAAGGCCAAGAACGGCGCGGCAGAGGAGGACGAGGCUGAAGGCGAAAGCAAGGAACUCACCACAUCUAUCGUGGCUGGCUGGCGCACAUCUAUGGAGGAGAACAAGUCUCUGCGUGCGACGAGACAAGUCGUUCUCGCGUUCCGCUGUGCGGCCCAUCUCAAUGAAGACGACAUUGACGAGGACUCGCAGCAAAAAUGGACCAUCAACAGCCCCGAAGUGUUCAACGACAUUCUCGUGCUCGCUCUGCGCGAGAUUCCCGUCGUCAUCAACCACCACCUCCCUGUCAAGGAGUCCGCCUCGGGCCGCGUCUACGUCCAGACGGACAGCAAAAAGUUCAGCACCCUCUCGCUGCUCCUCAAGACGUACACGUCAGCCCUCAUGCACCUCCUCGGCACGCUGUCCGACGACCGCACGCUGAAGCUGACGCUCUCUGCCAUCACGCCGAUCCUGCCGUACCUCCUCUCGUUCAAGAAGCUCGUCAAGGCGCUGGCCAAGGCCGUCGUCAGCUUUUGGGCGCAGCCCGCGAGCUCGGAGACGACACGCAUCACGGCGUUCCUGGUGCUGCGCCGCCUCGUCACCAUCGGCGACAAGGGGAUCCGCGAGGUGGUCCUCAAGGCCGUGUACCAGGGCCUCGUGCAGGGCUGCCGCAUCACUAACCACAACACUAUCCAGGGCAUCAACCUGAUGAAGAACUCGGCCGCCGAGCUCUGGGGCAUCGACCCGUCCGUCGGCUACACCACCGCCUUCAGCUUCAUCCGCCAGCUCGCCAUCCACCUGCGCAACAGCAUCGUGCACAACAAGAACGACUCGUUCCGCAUGGUCUACAACUGGCAGUUUACGCACUCGCUCGACUUUUGGUCCUGCGUCCUCGCCUACCACUGCACGCCCGAGAAGGAGGCCGAGGCCGGCAAGGAGAGCCAGCUCAAGCUCCUCGUCUACCCGCUCGUGCAGGUCACCCUCGGCGCCAUGCGCCUCAUCCCCACGGCGCUCUACUUCCCGCUCCGCUUCCACCUCGUUCGCGCCCUGCUGCGCACGUCGCGCGCCACCGACACGUACAUCCCGCUGGCCUCGCCGCUGCUCGAGGUCCUCGCCUCGGCCGAGAUGAAGAAGCCGCCCAAGAACACGACCCUCAAGGCCUUUGACUUUGCCGUCGCCUACAAGGCCUCCAAGGCGUACCUGCGCACGCGCGUCUACCAGGACGGCGUCGGCGAGCAGGUCGUCGAGCUCCUCGGCGAGUUCAUGCACCUCUGGAGCCGCUCCAUCGCCUUCCCCGAGCUCGCCCUCCCCGUCGUCAUCCAGCUCAAGCGCUGGCUCAAGCAGUCGCGCUCCCGCGCCCAGGGCAACAAGAACGGCAAGCUCGGCGCGCAGCUCGUCCUCCUCGUGCAGAAGCUCGAGGCCAACGCAAAGUUUGUCGAGACGCAGCGCACCAAGGUCGACUUUGCGCCCAACAACCGCACAAAGGUGGACGGCUUCCUGCGCGAGCUCGACGCCGCCAAGACGCCGCUCGGCGCCUACAUCAUCGGCCAGCGCAAGUCGCGCGCGGAAAAGGCAAAGGUCCUCGACGAGGCCCGCAAGGACGACGACAAGAAGCGCAGAGAGGAUGAAAAGGCGGCGCUCGAGGACGACGUCGACAUGAUGGACUCGGACGAGGACAUGGAGGUGGACGACGAAGAGGACGAUGAGGAGGACGAGUUUGACCUGGAAGAUGAGGAAGAUGACGAGGAGGAAGAGGGCGAGGAUGAUGAGUAG